AUGUUGAAUCAGAAGCACAGAGCUCGGCUGGAACGCCAGACAGUUGGCUCAACCAACCGGUGGCGCUUCCCCAGGGAGCCCUUCUCUCCGGACCUGCUGGCGCUGUCCCAGAUGUGCAAGGCCAUGAGCAUAGACCUGGAUGACACCCUGAAGGACCCGGAUAGGUUAUGCAUUCCCAAAAUUCAGAAAUAUUUCUCUGAGAACUUGAAGAACAAGGUUGUCCCAAGCGGGGAUGCAGUCGUGAUCCUCGAAUGCCUGGGCUUCACGUGGGAGCUGCACCUGCCCCAGCUCUUUCAGUCCGAGACCUUGACCAGGCUGUACAUCAUGGCCCUGGACAGACACACCACGUGCCCCAAGAAGGAACUGGAGAAGCUCCUGCCAGAGCCUUCACCGGGGAAAACGAAAGAAGCACCUCCCAUAAAGAGGAUGACCAUUUGCCUGAAGGUCAACGACCCCCUAGUCACUAAACUCGCCUUCGCCAAGGCCCUGAAGAACCUCUACACCAGCCAGGUGGACAUGAGCUUGGACGAGGUGCUGGGGGUGCUGGCCUCGGCCCACGCUCUCCAGUUCAGCAGCCUGUUUCAGAAGUGCGUGGUCAUGAUGGUGAAGGGACUCGCGCCCAGGAAUGUCACUAACUUCUACCUGGCCGGCUGCAAGUACAGGGAAGAGCCGCUCACCUCCGCCUGCGAGAAGUGGCUGGAAAUGAACUUGGUCCCCGAGAUGGGGAAUCAGAUCCACCUCCGGAAAAUCCCAAAGGAGCUGCUCCACAAAGUGCUGAAGUCCCCCAGGUUGUUCACUUUUAGCGAGUUUCACCUUCUGAAAACACUCAUUUUGUGGGUCUACCUGCAACUGAACCUGAGAAUCCAGACGAUUCCGACCUACGAGACCGUGCUGACGUUUUUUAGCAGCUUCUCCAAGAAGUGUUGCUUCCUGGACCAAGAUGCAGAGCAGAGCUUGAUGCCUCUGUUCCUCGGCCUGCGUCUGCACGGCAUCACCAAAGGCCAGGAUCUGGACGUGUUGAGGCACAUUAACUUCCUCCCCGAGGCCUGGCUGGUCCGGGUCACCGCCAACCACUACUACUCGAUGGAGAAUGGGGGCGACAUGGCCCAUGUGAAGGACUUCACCUCCCAGGCGGUGAGAUUCGGGCUGCUCUUCCACCAGGAAUAUACAACUUAUUCAGAAACAAUUGCUAUAUAUGGAUUCUUCUUUGAGAUAAAGGGAAUCAAGAACGGUGCUACCUCCUACAGCUUUUACAUGCAGAGACUGAGGCCCAGAGACGUGGGGUUCCCCUCCUCCGUCUGCGAGCACGGCCUCGUGAGCCUGAGGGCCGAGCGCCUGGUCAAGUACAGGAUCAGCGCCCAGACGCUGGUGGACGGCAGCUGGGAGGAGUUCGGGACGAAGCCGACCAUGCAGAAGUUUCGGUUCAUCAGGCCGUCCUGCAAAAGCCAGGUCUUGCAAAUCCAAACUGUGGGCAACCCCAUCUAUGUAAGUUUUCUCUUCACCUUCCCAGCAUCUUGA